CACAGUCAUGGGGACGUGGGGGCGUGUAUAAAUAUAUGAUAUAACAAUAUAAAUUUUUUAUUCUUAGCUUAAUCUUUUUGUUUUGGUUAAGUUAGUGACUAGUAGUAGUAAUUAAUUAAGAUGUUGGAGCAACAUGUAGAAGUUGAGUUGGGUGAAAUGGAGUUGGAAAUUAGUAGUAUCAAGGUUGUUAAUCUUUCGAUAAGUUCACCUGAUUCAACUUGUUGGCAAAUUCAGCAGGUAUGGAGCCUGAUGAUAUGCUCUAUUUUGAUUAUUCUUUACUUCCUCCUUACCCUAUGGAGGACUUCACUCUCUGGAAUCACUCUUGGAGUCCUCCUCCUCCUCCUCGUCAAGAAUCUGCAAGAAUGAAAAGGGCAGAAUUUAAAGCUCAUUUUGGUAGGCUAGCAUAUGAAGCUUUCAGGAAAGCCUGGAGGACAUGUGUGGCGUUAUAUAGAAGGAGAAGGAGAAAAAAUAUCCUUGAUGUGAGGUUUGAAGAAAAGGCAUAUACUGGUGGUACGAGUCAGGUGUCUCUGUCAAUACUGAGUAUGGAGACAAAAUCUGAAAAUCCUGUCUGCUGCAAACCAGUGCAAAUAGUAGAUGAAAGCCCGAAAUUCCAGUGUAUGCAGUUAGAUGCAAAAUCUCCAGCAGAAGAGUCUCCACUUCAUAUUGUACAAAGUCGGGGAGAUUGUGCACUGCCCGUUUCAUUUCAACAACGAUCCAUCACAGAACAUGUAAACCUGAAGAGGAAAGUUGAUACUGGCCCUUCAGGUCAGGACGUUACCAUCUUCGAAUUAUGCAACAAGCAGAAAAUGAACAAGAAAUACAAAAAGACUUGGAGAAUUGGUGAUUCAGUUAGUUUAGAGGAUCUUAAAGAGCAGUUUGGAAAGAAACGUGAAGAGGCUGCAGAAAGCCUUAAUGUUAGUAUCUCCACAUUUAAGCGAAUUUGUCGGGAACGUGGAAUCUCCCGGUGGCCGUCUUCCAAAAUAAAGAGAGAAAGGCUGCAUAUAACCAAAGGCCUAACUGCAUUGGCAUCUACCUUUUCAGUCAAAUCCAAUCAGCAGAAAUCACAGAGUUCGAAUUUAUCAGUAAAUGAUGAAAAAUCAAAUGGCAAUCUGCUAGAAAAGAAUGAAGACAGUGCGACAGGGGCGUUCUAUUUUUCGCAACACCGUUGCUUGGCAGUCGCGCACACACAACACAACUUCAGCCACAACACACACAAUGCGCAGUCUAAACAAUUAGACACAAAUGCAGAAACCUUCUCAGCACUUAGUCCUUCCGUCUUUGCCUUGUCAAGCAUCUCAGCCAUGCCUCGCCUUGCCAGCAUCAUGUCUUGCCAAUGUCAUGUUUGCGCCUGUGCCUGUGCCUGCGCCAUGCCAUUGCUUGCUCCAUGAAGCUGUCUUAGCCAUGUCACAGCUUAGGCCACGCCAAUGCCUAUGCUGCGACUCCGCCUCGAUCAUGCCUGCGUCCAAGUCUGCUUCCAUGCCUGUGCCAUGCCAACACCUGCGCUUCGCCAGUGUCGAUGUCAUGCCAGUGCCAUGCCAUAUUACUGCUGCACGCAUGCCCUCGCAGGUGCCAUGCGCCUGUCGUUGUCUCAAGUGUCCAAGGCAGCCUUGCCAUCACUCUAGCAUACCUUGGUCUAACACAUUGCUUGUCUUUGGCACAUGUCAAGGCCGAUGCGCACCUUGACAUGGCCUUGUAAGCCAUCAAGCCUUAGACUGAGGGUCUAACAGACAGUGUGACAGGGAAAACAUUAUGAUUCAAGUGGAAGACUCAUCCAAUCAAGAACUCGUGUACAUACCACAGGAAUUUGGGCCUGCCUGUGCUAGUCUCAUCCCUGAUGUUCCCACUAUACUAUCUCGGUUACCUCAAGAAAGAAUGCCAGCUGAAGAUGCUACACAAUUAAUUUCUUCUGCACCUGGCCAACAGGGGGAACGUAUUGCAAGACAAAUAGAGAUGACUAGUGAUCUCUCUGUUGAAGACUCGUCAUCAUGCGAUUCCAGAAAUGUUUCAGAGCCAAUUCAGGAUCAUGCCAUUGUGGAUUCUACUCGUAUGGAGGUUCAACCUUUGCUUGAAUCAGUAUCAACUCGGCCAUUCAACUCAUUUUCCUGCAAUGAGAACACCGCAAAGAACACAAAGCUGCUUUUCAACAAUUUGAUCGUCUUAACUCUGGAAGAUCUAAUCGACCCUGAAAACGAAACUUCCAUGACUAAAGCAUUGCCCAUCCUAGCAGACAACCUCUCUUUGUUCUCUGAAGAACAAGCCGAACAAAUACUUGAACUCUCAGUCGAUUUUCAGGCACUCGUGCAUAGCUGGAGACGGUAUUCUCAAUCCCAAGGGUGCAGUCAAAAGUCCUUAGCUGAAACGGAGAAAAUUAGAGAUUUGGCGGAGACAUCAGUGAAAGAUGAAAAGUCUUAAUGUCAGAUACGAAGAACUCGAAAGAAAGGAACAGCAGCUGAUGGCACAAUUGGAAGCAGUGCAGAAAGAGAAGGCGGGGAUAGGUGAACAAAGGAAUGAAAAAUCCAAGCAGACCAGACACUUGGUUUCUUUGGCAGAAGAGAAAACAGCUAGUACCACCAAAGAGAAACACAUGAUGAAAAUAGCCGCUACCAAGCUGAACAACUUAGUUGAUCAAUGGACUAAAAUACAAUCUUUCUUUAUCUAGAUUACCUAGUAAAACUCAAUCAGGUUCCACAAUGUUUGUCACUUAUUUCAUAAUAUUUCAUCCUUGUAGUUGUACUAAGAGAGAACCUUUAUUCAAGGUCCACAGCUAUGCAAAUGUUUUCCAUCUUGAGAGAUUGAAAAUGUUGUAAGAAAAACAUUUGGCUGAAGGCAUUUCUAAGAUUGGAGUUAAGAACCUGAUGUAA